GUGAUAGGGCCGCUGGCAGGGGUCCCUGCGCCGUGCCAUGACCACCCGCUGCCGCCCACCUAUCACUCAUCAUAAGGAUGUCAUUCAUACAUUCACAUGUAGACGUUUUGCUUUAGACGUGUAUGCAUCACGGGCAGAGCUCCAGCUAUUUCUGAAAUACCUCACAUCCUCGCUGAAUUUCCAUCGUCCGCUUGCGGUCACCCCGAGCAUCGCCACGAGCAUAGGAAAGCAUAAAGACCUAACCCAUGAACUCUGCAGCGCUGAAUGCUCGGACGGCGAGCGUAGCACCACAACCGCAGGCCUGCCACGCGUGUAAAUGCAGACAGCUCCUGAGCCGGAGAGUGCCACCAGCACAGCGCCAAGUAGAGUGCAGUGCAAUAGCUCCGGAGACACUCCAGGACAUCAUUGUGGGUGGAGCGGUGGUCGGCGCUGUGAGCGUGGCACUGUACGCGGGCCUGAAGAAGGACCCAGUACCCUGCAGCCUGUGCCAGGGCACUGGCGGCAUCCGAUGCUUUGCAUGCGGCGGCGACGGCCGCAACGCCACCGUCAGCCGUGACGACCUGUACGACAGCAAGGCGCUCGGCGGCGGCGUGGCGCCGCCGAAGCGCGACCCGCUGGGGCGCACUAUCAACCCCCGCGACUGCAAGGUGUGCCGCGGCGCGGGACUGGUGCUGUGCAGCCAAUGCAAGGGCACCGGCUUCCAGAGCGCUUUCUAACAAUGCGUUGAGAGGACUGGAGCGCGUCGACGGGGCGGAGGCAGUCAAAGCAAAUGCGGUGCAACGAAGGGCUCCAUGAUGGGUGCACUAGAUGCGAGUGCAGGCAUGGCACAUCGGCUGGCAAGGACGCGGGUUGCCGCUUUAAGAAAAGUGUCGCGGCUGUGCACCGGCGCAGUAGGGGUCAUGUGUGGACGUGUACACGGGGGAGGGCGGGCAAGCAGGUGAGGUAGGCUCGAAGAUUGCUGUGGGGCGGGGUGAGCGAAGAACCAAGCCAACUAGUAAGCCAGUGUAGCAGCUCGACGAUACCCAUUCGCAAUCAGCUAGCGUGGCAACCAUUUUGAUUGUGUGUUGCUGUGCCGCAUGCUCAUUUUGGCUUCUCUGGUGCAUUGCCUGAAUUGGUGAGCGUCUGGUGAUGCGUGGUUCGGACCACCGGAGCGACAGCUGGGAGGUGACGAUGCGCAAGAGCGGUAGAGUCGUGAAGGUCUUGCUUGCUGCGAUGGGCUUCUUACAACUCGGACUUUCGAAAGGCAGGAUCAGGACUUGCGUGGCUCGACCAGGCCCGACAGCGUUGUGUGGCCCACAGCCCCACACUCGAGUUACGUGGCCCAUGGCGGUGUAUGCAAGCUGGCCUGGGCAAGGCCCUGUCUUGUCCUCAAGC